AUAUUAAAUAUAUAUAUAUUAGAGAAGAGCAAGGAAGAGAACCACCUCCGCCCCCUCCUUUUUAAAUUUUUUAAAAAAAUUUUGCAAGGAUCCCAGGAGCUAAGGUGGCUGCAAAAGGGGAAAGCGGCGCGAGCCAAGUGGGGGAGGGUGGAGGAAACCCGGGAGAAGGCUUUCUCCAGCCCCCAAAGUUUUGAUGAUGACCAUGACUACGAUGGCUGACGGCUUGGAAGGCCAGGACUCGUCCAAAUCCGCCUUCAUGGAGUUCGGGCAGCAGCAGCAACAGCAGCAGCAGCAGCAACAACAGCAACAGCAGCAGCAGCAGCAGCAACAGCAGCAGCCGCCGCCGCCGCCACCGCCGCCGCCGCCGCAGCCGCACUCGCAGCAGACCUCCCCGGCCAUGGCAGGCGCGCACUACCCUCUGCACUGCUUGCACUCGGCCGCGGCGGCGGCGGCGGCGGCGGGCUCCCACCAUCACCACCACCAGCACCACCACCACGGCUCACCCUACGCGUCGGGCGGAGGCAACUCCUACAACCACCGAUCGCUCGCCGCCUACCCCUACAUGAGCCACUCGCAGCACAGCCCUUACCUCCAGUCUUACCACAACAGCAGCGCGGCCGCCCAGACGCGCGGGGACGACACAGAUCAACAAAAAACUACAGUGAUUGAAAACGGGGAAAUCAGGUUCAACGGAAAGGGGAAAAAGAUUCGGAAGCCUCGGACCAUUUAUUCCAGCCUGCAGCUCCAGGCUUUAAACCAUCGCUUUCAGCAGACUCAAUACCUGGCCCUUCCCGAGAGAGCCGAACUGGCUGCUUCCUUAGGACUGACACAAACACAGGUGAAGAUAUGGUUUCAGAAUAAACGCUCUAAGUUUAAGAAAUUGCUGAAGCAGGGCAGUAACCCCCAUGAGAGUGACCCUCUCCCAGGUUCAGCAGCCCUGUCUCCACGCUCGCCCGCGCUGCCUCCAGUGUGGGACGUUUCUGCCUCCGCCAAGGGCGUCAGUAUGCCCCCCAACAGCUACAUGCCUGGGUAUUCGCACUGGUACUCCUCACCACACCAGGACACCAUGCAGAGACCACAAAUGAUGUGACUUGUCUGAGUGAACGGCCUCGGGGACUUCUGAAGGAAGCUCGGAGGAUCCAGGACUCACCUGCAUCUGCCAAACAGCCUAAGCGAUGAGCUCAGAGGAACUGUCCCUGUGAUCUGGGUCUCCUCUCUCUCUCUCUCUCUCUCUCUCUCUCUCUCUCUCUCUCUCUCUCUCCUUCCUCCUUUUCC